GACAGGAAAGAAAGACAGGAAAAGACAGGAAAGAAAGACAGGAAAGAAAGACAGGAAAGAAAGACAGGAAAAGACAGGAAAGAAAGACAGGAAAGAAAGACAGGAAAGAAAGACAGGGAAGAAAGACGGGGAAGAAAGACGGGGAAGAAAGACGGGAAAGAAAGACGGGAAAGAAAGACGGGAAAGAAAGACGGGAAAGAAAGACGGGAAAGAAAGACGGGAAAGAAAGACGGGAAAGAAAGACGGGAAAGAAAGACGGGAAAGAAAGACGGGAAAGAAAGACGGGAAAGAAAGAACGGGAAAAAGAAAGACGGGAAAGAAAGAACGGGAAAAGAAAGACGGGAAAGAAAGACGGGAAAGAAAGAACGGGAAAGAAAGACGGGAAGGAAAGAACGGGAAGAAAGACGGGAAAGAAAGACGGAAAGAAAAGACGGAAAAGAAAAGACCGGGAAGAAAAGACGGGAAAGAAAGACGGAAGAAAGACCGUGA